GACGGUAUGGGCACUUCCGCCUCGGGUGUCAUUGUCAUCGGGCUUCAUCAAGUUUUUUCUUUUUCUAGCUAAUUUUCCAAAAGGCAGGGAAAAACAUUCUUGCCUGAAGUUCUGAACAGCGGGACAAGGAGUGCUAUGCUCUAUGGAUUCGUCCGACCCACUUUCCCCUUCUCCGUCCGUCAGGUCAUGGAGGACGGCCUUUCUUACCCUGAGGGACGAAACACUGACCUCACCACCGCCCUCCAAUGUCGUCCACCUGCUUCAAAAUCUCAUCCUGUCUCAAUCAAAUGAUCUGAUCAAGGUGUCCGCCGACUUGGCUCCUCACGAGGUCACUUCUGACUUGCUGUUUCUGAUGGAUUUGGCUCAAAGCAUCUCCAUUUCUGAUGCAUGUAAUAUUGUAGACACCUAUAUGCAGCUCUCCCACUUGGUUUACACUGUCAGCAACUUCGUUCAUCUUAAAAUAAGCCAUAGUUGUUCGCCUCUUGUGCUUGACUUCUUAAGCAGUACAGUAGAAAUUCUUUUCAAUAAAACUAAGACAGACAAGGCUUUUAUUAGCGAUGCUGCUAUAGUUACAUCCACAAAACAGUGUCUGGAGAUAGCAAAACGCCUUUUCAAUGUUAGUGAGAGAGCAACCAUGUUAUUGGAAAACAAGCAACUAUUAGAUUUCACUCUUAAUGUUGUUGUUCACUUUCAACCACAGUUGCAUGAUUCACUUUAUUCUAGCGACAAGAUUUUAUCUCGAAAUGCUAGUGUGUGGGAAGUUCAGAUCGUUGCUUUCUCAAUGAUUGGUGAUGUUUACUCAAGAGUUGGAUCUUGUUUACCUGUUGAUGUUUGGGAAUCAACAAUCGGGGUUGUUAGAAGCAGUCUAGAUCUCUUGGCAUCUAAAGGAACUUUGGUCGAAGACAAUGUUAUGGCAAUGUUUUACACCUCAUUGCUGAAUUGCCUGCAUUUUGUUCUUGAAGAUCCAAAAGGACCAUUGUCAGGUCAUGUGGAUGGUUUUGUAGCGGCUCUUAGGAUGUUUCUCCAUUAUGGCAUCAGUAUCAAACCAAAUUCUGCAUAUCCAGUUGUUGAUCACAAUAUUUCUGGAUAUAAGAAACAGAGCUUCUCGGAACCUAUGAAACCAUACAGGCCUCCACACCUGCGAAAUAAGAACUUCAAAAAGCAUAACCAGAUGGAUGAUGAAUCUCAUAGCUCUUCUGAAAGACAUAAUUUUUUGACGGGUUAUCAGUCAUCAUCUGAUUCAGAAAACAGUGAUAGCGAUGGAUUAGGAAAAGACAGUUGCUAUGUUCGAUAUGCUAAGACUCGACUGGCUGCAAUUCUGUGCAUUCAAGAUCUUUGUCGAGCUGAUCCAAAAUCAUUUACAACCCAAUGGAUAAACCUCUUGCCAUCCAAUGAUGUUCUACAGCCAAGGAGGUAUGCAGCGACACUAAUGAGUUGCUUACUGUUUGAUCCAUAUAUGAAGGCCCGAAUUGCUUCUGCCUCAACUAUUAGGGCAAUGUUGGAUGCACCUUCCUGCGUUUUUCUCCAGGUGGCAGAAUUCAAGGAAUCCCCAAGAUCUGUGGCCUUUACCACUCUUUCAAGCUCUCUUGGACAUAUAUUAAUGCAACUACAUACAGGUAUUUUAUACUUGAUAAAAAACGAAACACAUAGUGGGUUGCUGAUAUCCUUGUUCAAAAUCCAGAUGCUCUUGGCAUCAUGCACUCCAUAUUUAAGAAUGCCUCCAGAAUUGUUGCCAACCAUUAUUUCUUCUAUCCAAAGUAGAGUUGAAGAGGGCUUCUCAUUUCGAAGUGAUCAGAAUAUCUUGUUGGCAGCUGCUAUCAACUGCUUGAGUGUCGCUUUAUCCUCAUCAGCUUUCUCAACACCAGUCAAAGAUAUGCUUUUCGCAGAAGUGACAAAAGGUUUUGUCAGCCGAAAAUCAGGCGUUUUAUCAAUCUUAUUUCAAUAUUCUGAACCAGAAACAAGCCCGUCGAUAAGCUUUGAGGCACUCCAGGCCCUAAAAAAUGUGACUCACAGCCAUCCAAGUGUAAUGGUUUUGUGUUGGGAAAAAGUUUCCUCUUUAACAUAUCAAUAUCUAAGUGCAUCUGUUGACACUCAAACUAGAACCUGGAGAGAUAAUACGCCUGGUGAGAAAGCCAUCGCAGCUGCCAUCAAGGUUUUAGAUCAAUGUCUUCGUGCUGCCUCUGGAUUUAAAGGAACUGAAGAUCUUUUCAGUGAUAAAUCACUCGAGAACCCAUUUAUGUCUGAUUAUGUGAAAACAAAAACUAUUUCAUCAGCUCCAGCUUAUGAGAUGCAGGGUUAUGUAACAACUAAAGACAGAGCUGAAUCUCUGUCAGGAAGUGAACAGUGGCUUGAGUUAAUUGAUAGGCAUAUGCCUUUUAUACUUGAGCAUGCUUCUGUCAUGGUAAGGGCUGCAUCAGUUACAUGUUUUGCUGGGAUAACGUCUUCGGUAUGGUUCUAUAUGCCAAAAGCAAAACAGGAUUUCAUUAUUUCUUCUUUGAUCAGCUUUGCUGUUACUGAUGAUGCUCCUUUAGUUAGAUCGGCUGCUUGCCGUGCUAUUGGUGUAAUUGCUUGUUUCCCACAAAUUUUUGAAAGUGCAGAGAUCUUUGAAAAGCUUAUCUAUGCUGCUGAGCACAAUAGCCACGAUACAUUGGUCCCAGUGCGUAUAACAGCUUCCUGGGCUAUAGCAAAUAUAUGUGAUACUCUUUGCCACUAUGUUGAUGUAAAUGGCUUUGACCAACAUUCUUCGGUCUGUCGGGCCGCGGGUAUGCGGUGCCACCAAUCUGCCAGCCUGCCGGUGCAAUCGAACCACGUGGCGCUUUGCUUGCGCUAUAAAGGGGGAGGAGCGUGCUUCACUAUCAGCGAUUGCUUUUAAUGUAGCGGUAAGCGCAACGAUCCACAAGUGGUAUCAGAGCCAAGGUCACGGGUUCGACCCCUGGCAACAGCAUGCUGCGCAGUUAAGGCUGGCAGGUGCUGGGGGGAGAUUGUUGGGCCGCGGGUAUGCGGUGCCAGCAAUCUGCCAGCAUGACGGUGCAAUCGAACCACAUGGCGCUUUGCUUGUGCUAUAAAGGGGGAGGAGCGUGCUUCACUAUCAGCGAUUGCUUUUAGUGUAGCGAUUCAGAAGCAAGUUCUAAGUGGAUCUCAUUGCUAAUUGACAGUAGUUUGCGACUUGCAAAAGAUAAUGACAAGAUUAAAGCAAAUGCUGUGAGAGCUCUGGGGAACCUGGCUAGAUUUGUUCCAUUAACAAGUCAUUCAAGUGAUUAUGACAGGAAACUGUUGGAGGAAUCACAUUGGCUGGAAAAGAUGGUUCAAACAUUCCUUUCUUGUGUUUCAACCGGAAAUGUCAAGGUUCAGUGGAAUGUCUGUCAUGCACUAAGCAACUUAUUUUUAAAUGAAAAGUUAAAAUUGCAACAGAUGGACUGGGCACUGUCAGUUUUUAGCAUUCUUCUUCUGCUGCUACGUAAUUCCUCUAAUUUUAAGAUUAGGAUACAAGCAGCUGCAGCUUUGGCUGUUCCAGCGACCAUCAAAGAUUAUGGAAGAUCAUUUGUUGAUGUCCUUCAAGGCGUAGAACAUGUUAUUGAGAACCUGAGGUCAGACCAGAUCUCAGUACCGUCAAAUUUGAAGUAUAGAGUUGCACUUGAAAAGCAGUUGACCUCGACUAUGUUACACGUGCUUUCUCUGUCUUCACAAAUUGAUGAUCGUGGUGUGCAUGAGUUUCUAUGCAAGAAAUCAACAUUUCUUGAGGAGUGGCUUAAAGGACUGUGCUUGUCAUUGGGGGUGCCAAAUGAUCAGUUCGAUGCCGAAUACAGUUCCAGCCGUGACCAAAAGAAAGAGAUAAUAAGCCUAGCAAUCAAGUCGUUAGUGGAGAUUUUUGAAGCUCAUAAUCUCCCAGCCAUUGCACAGAGAUUUCAUAGACUACUUUCAAAUAACAUAUGACACAUCCAGACGUCUGUCGAAUUUGUGGUGGUGAAUUGAUGCUUGUAGGUAGAACCUUUUUCAAGCAUCUAAAUUGUGGUGACGAUAGAUUCAAUUCCAUGCCCAAUGUUUCUUUUUGCUUAUUUCUAUUCGUUCGCUCGGUCUUUGGAUGCGUAUCUCUUAUAUAAAAGCUCGCUGGGUGCUGCUUUUUAUAAUGA